AUGCGGAUCCCCAUUGCUCUGCAGCUUGGGCUGCUGGUGUUGCUGACUGCGCUCUUGGGGGUCGCAGCGUUAGCAAUUGCAACGUGGUUUACCACCUACAACUUUGUAGUGGAUGUUGAAUCGCAGGGCCUCGAACUCGUUGCGAUCACUAAGGCCAGUCAGAUUGCUUCAAAUUUGGACCUUCUCGAAACAACCUGCAAGACCAUCGCGACGCGAAUCCUGAUACAAUCAGCCCUGAAACGUUACUAUGCGGGAAAUAGGUCCGAGGAGAACUGGACCAAUCCUAUAGCGGAUGUUCAAUCGGCCCUUGGUAGUCGGGGAUACUUGGACCUUUACCAGGCCAUCAUCUACUCCAAGAAUGGCCAAGGAGGAACGACCCUGCUUAACCAGACAAGUGAAUCUGUUCCGGAAAUCAUCCUUCCAUAUACGUACUCGAACGGCACUUCUGUGCAAUUGGGAGAUGAUGGACCAGGCUAUCCCCCUUCUCUGUAUCCGAAUAUGACUUACCGUGGCGGGUCAAGCGAUAACGAUCCGACGACCGCCUUUUCAUUCCCUGAUUAUGAGCUUGGAUUGAACUCCGCACUGCUUCUUGGUCCAUUGAAAGUCAACAACUCCUUCUCUCUCCUGUCAUUGACCCUGCCGAUUGUCAAUAACACUUCAGAUACAGAAAUCUUGGGCUUCAUAAGUAUUGUCGCUAGUGCCGCGAACCUACAAAGUGUCGUUAGCUCGCGAGAUGGGUUAGGAAACACCGGCCAGGUCCUCCUCAUUGGACCUUCACGACGAGCAAACACCUUCUCUCCCACCGAGCAGCCCGCAACAGCCACAUCUUCCGCUCAUGCUGCCGCUCUUAGUGGAGCGGAGGUUCACUACGUCUUCGAGCCUACCCCUUUGCCCAGCCAGGCUAGUCGGCACACUGGCAUGUCGACCGAUAUUCCGUUUGUCCUUUCUACAUACCCGAUGGCUCUAAGAGCCAUGUUGCAACCAUACCAGACCGUGAACAGAGCCAUCAGUGACCUGUCAAGCCGAAAUGAGCGAGGGGCGAAUGUUGCCGUGGGCGCAGUCCGUCCUCAAAACACACUCGUCGAAUGGGUUCUUCUCGUAGAAGAGACCCACGCGGAAGCAUUUGCACCAGUUGUCCGAUUACGGAAGAUUAUUCUUGCCUGUGUUCUUGGCACAGCGGGAGCCAUUGUCCUCAUUGUUCCUCUUCUAACCCAUUGGGCAGUUGCUCCUAUACGAAGAUUGCGUGCAGCAGCCCAAAAAUCCGUCGAGCCCGAUAUGUCACCACAUCGUCCUACCUCGGGGCCACAGCAAAUUGGGUCGGUAACUGAGGAUGAACACGGCGAUACAGUUGAGCAAAUUGAGGAACUGAAUGAGAAAGGCUCCGCUGGCAUGUGGGUGAAACGUCUGCGACGUCCCUUGGGGCGAUUCAACAGUUCUGCAAGCACGAGCAAUUCAAAGAGUUCCCGAGGCUUCCAGAUACCGGCCAGGGUCAAAGAAAGAAAACAUUGUGUCACGGAUGAGCUCACGGAGUUGACAAAAACUUACAACGAGAUGUCGGAUGAGCUCACAAUUCAGUACAACCGGCUAGAGGAGCGAGUCGCUGAGCGCACUAGAGAGCUUGAAAAGGCCAAAUUGGCAGCAGAGACCGCCAACGAGAGCAAGACAUUGUUUAUCGCCAACAUAUCUCAUGAGCUCAAAACCCCUCUCAAUGGAAUCCUCGGCAUGUGCGCUGUGUGUAUGGGCGAGGAUGACCUGUCCCGGAUCAAAAAGUCGCUCCAGGUGGUCUAUCAGUCUGGCGAUCUUCUGUUGCAUCUCUUGAAUGAUUUGCUCACAUUCAGUAAGAAUCAAAUUGACCAGGCUAUCCAGAUCGAGGAAAAGGAGUUCAAGUUGUCUGAUGUUCGAUCGCAAUUGGCUAUCAUCUUCCAAAAUCAAGUUCAUGAGAAGAAUAUUGACUUCAGCGUCAGAUUUGUUUCUGGUGCAGUGACCGAGCCAAAGGGCGCCAUAUAUCGCGAAAAUACACUGGAACGGACCCAUUCAGGAUUGGGUUCAACACAGUCUGGCAGAAUGGCAGACAUGGUUCUUUGGGGUGAUCAACAUCGAAUCCUCCAGGUACUGAUCAAUUUGGUCAGCAACAGUCUCAAAUUUACACCUGAACAUGGGAAAGUGGAAGUUCGCAUUCGCCUUGCGGAGGAACCUUCGAGUCUUGAAUCCCAUGUGGCUCUGAAAGACACGCCUCGACGCAACUCAAGAAUACGAUCCCAUACCGCCUCAAGUGCCAACUCCUCGGUGCACAGGACUGCCCUUGUGACCGACGGUCAAACCAAAGGACAAAGAGUGUCGCAGUCUAAUCUUCGCCAGCUCAAAUUCCACUUUGAAGUCCAGGACAACGGCCCAGGUAUUCCUGCCCAUCUCCACCGGCGUAUCUUCGAUCCUUUCGUUCAGGGUGACCUAGGAUUGAAUCGGAAAUACGGUGGAACUGGCUUGGGUCUCAGCAUUUGCGCUCAGUUAUCCCGUAUUAUGGGAGGUGACAUUCUGCUAGAGAGCGAAGAAGGACAUGGAGCUCUUUUUACUCUGAGAAUCCCCUUGGGAUAUGUCAAAGAAGUGCCCCCAAGCACGCAUGCCUCAAGCAUUCCAGGAUCACGGACCCCAAGUGUCCUGUCCUUGGAAGAAUUUUCCAACACUACGCGAACACCCUCAAACCACGGAUCAGUGAGGAGCGAACCUCCUGCGCCUGGAUUCGAGAAGUCAGAAAUCCAACCACGUUUGGUUGGAUUGAGUCAACCAUUUUUCACGCCGACUGUUCCAUCCCCUCCUACCACAUCGUCCGGCAAUUUGCCAUCCAAUAAAAACUCAAUUGACAGCGGCGAUGGCUCCAAACGGAUACGCGUACUAGUUGCCGAAGACAACACUGUUAAUCAGGAAGUAGUUCGACGAAUGCUUGCGCUGGAGGAGGUGUAUGAUGUGACAAUUGUCAAAGACGGCCAGGAGGCAUAUGAUACUGUCAAAUCAAAGAUGGAGAAGGGAGAUGUGUUUGAUCUCAUCUUUAUGGACAUCCAAAUGCCCAUCCUCGAUGGUCUCGAGAGUACCCGACUUAUACGACAGAUGGGCUACUCCGCACCCAUUGUCGCAUUAAGUGCUUUUGCAGAAGAAAGCAACAUCAAGGACUGCAUGGAUUGCGGGAUGGAUAUGUUCAUAAGCAAACCCAUUCGAAGACCUGCGUUGAAGCAAGUCCUUAGCAAGUUUUCCACCAUCAUUGAGGAAACUGAAUCUGGCUCUUGA